GAUAACGGAUAUUAUGGUAAAGCUCUUGAUCUUGCGAAAAACAUUAUAGAUGUAAUACCAAGACAUCAUGCCUACGUAAACCAAUUAAAAAAUGAUGGAUAUCAUAUUAUUGGUUAUUGUAGAAAGUCAAAAAUGCCAAGCAACAAUCGAGCAGCUUUAUUGCAAAGAAUGGUGAACAUAUUACGUCAAAGGUCACUCGUAGACAAAGUUUUUGUAUCAUCAUACAGCAACAUAAAACAAGGUUUUUAUAAACGAGAUUUAAAUGAUCAAGAUUCUUUAUUAUCAGAAUUAGAUCAAGUUAAUGGAAACACUCAAGCUUUUAUUCAAGACAAUGAUAAAGUUUGUGUGGUGGCGUUAGAUUAUGCAGGAUUCACCACCAAUAUGAGUGAUUUAAAAAAUAUUUUAAGGCAAGUAGGAAAAUAA